AAAAAGCCUUAGAAUAACCACCGCCAGGAAUGCUUCCACUCGAGAGAACCGAAGGGAAUACAUCGACCUGUUAUCUUCACUACACACCCAAGAACUCCUUCUGAGUCUUAAACGAUUCAUUGCGAGACGAGGGCGACCUGGAAAGAUCAAUUCAGAUAAUGGUAAAACGUUUUUAGUUGCCGCUAAGUGGUUGAGAACUGUUCAACGGGACGAGAAACUUCAGGACUUUCUCGUGAGAUCUGAAAUUCAUUGGCAAUUUAACCUUAGCCGUGCUCCGUGGUGGGGAGGACAGUUUGAACGACUAAUCGGGUUGGUGAAACGUUCAUUGCACAAAACUAUUGGUGGUGGAUGUCUGAAGUGGAAGGAGCUAGAGGAAGUACUUUUAGAUGUGGAAGUGGUAUUAAACAACAGGCCACUCCAAUAUGUAGAGGACGAUGUUCAGAGACCGAUUUUAACACCUAACUCGCUACUGUUUGUUGGGUCUAACGCUAUUCCAGAACUGCAAGCUCAUUACCUAGAAGAUUUAAGUCCACAUAAACGAGUACGAUUAAGACGCGGUAUGGCGCAGAUGGCCGACAGAGAACACCCGAGGACUGCGUGA